AUGGAAGAUGAGUCUACCAGCAAUACACAAACUGAUUGUGGUCCUAUAAGUGUGGCAGUGCCGUCCACUAGUGAUGCUACACCCUCUACGAGCACCAGUACUAGUAGCGGUAUCGGAGCGACAUCACUGCCAUUAACUCCUCGAAGUAUCACUUCCAUUGCCUCUUCUCCCAGUACAAUCCCAAUUUUCAAACCAGGUCAUCCUACAGUAUUUACUGCCCUCGAAGAGGCAAUAUUUGCUGACUACAUUUGCCUAAUAUCAGAAUGGGGAUUCCCAAUUGAUUCAUUUGGUCUAAGAAAGCUAGCGAAGAGUUAUUUAGACUCAAAUGGAAGGUGUGUGCCUACCUUCAAAGAUAAUACCCCUGGACGUGACUGGUCACGCAGCUUUCUUAAACGUCAUCAAGCCAUUCUAAGCCAGCGAAUGUGUCAAAACAUUAAGUACGCUAGAGCAACUACAAAUGAAGAGGAUUUAACAAACUACUUCAACCAUUUGCAAGCAAGUGAAGUGCAAGUAAUACCACCUGGUAAUAUAUUAAAUUAUGACGAGACUAAUAUGGUGGACGACCCAAAAAGCAAAAAAAUGAUAUUUAAACGCAGCUUGAAAAGAUCCGAGAGGGUAAUGAACUUUACCAAGAGUGCAACCUCUGUUAUGUUUGCGUGCAGCGAUGAUGGGCAACUAUUACCUCCGUAUGUGGUAAACAAAGCAGAGGGAAUGUGGUCCUCUUGGACCUUAGGAGGGCCACCGGGAACUAGAUACAACAGAACAAAGUCUGGGUGGUUCGAUGAGUGCUGUUUCUUCGAUUGGUUCCAUACGAUUGUCGUUCCGUGGGCUAAAAAGCGAGAUGGCAAAAAAAUGUUAAUAGGGGACAAUCUCUCUAGCCAUUUUUCUGGAGAAAUAAUAAAAAAAUGCAAUGAGCUCAACAUCUCAUUUAUUUGUUUGCCACCAAAUACAACCCACCUUACACAGCCAUUGGAUGUGGGUGUUUACGGCCCCCUGAAAAAGGAGUGGCGGAAGGCCUUGGAGUCAUGGAAACUGGGACCUGGUCGAAAACGCCCAACUCUGUCCAAAGACGAGUUCCCAAGUAUUCUUAAUAAGUGCUGA